CGCCUCCCCUGGCUGUUGCUGGGGCACCGGGAGUCGGAGAUCCCAGGAAAGACCGCCCGUGAGACCCCCGGCGCGCAGCCAUGAGCCCCGCCUCCCGCUGGUGUUCGGAGAGGGGCGGGACCUGGAGCGAGGCUGCUCCGUGACCCCACCAUGUCCUCCCCCACCACGAGUUCCCGGGACAAGCCCCUGCCUGGAAAUGGCCCCCCUCAGCCCAGCACCUCCUCUUCUUCGCCAGCUAUAAAGCAGGAGGGUCCUGAGCCAUGGCCUGAGGGUCCAGUCCCCGAUGUCCCAGGCACUGAUGGGGCUGGCUCUGCCUGCACUGGGGGUGAUGCAGAGCCCAAGGACAGGGUCAUUGUAGAGGCAGAGGAGGAGCCCGAGCGCAAGCGGAAGAAGGGCCCAGCCCCGAAGAUGCUGGGCCAUGAGCUGUGCCGCGUGUGCGGGGACAAGGCCUCCGGCUUCCACUACAACGUGCUCAGUUGUGAAGGUUGUAAGGGCUUCUUCCGGCGCAGCGUGGUCCACGGCGGAGCCGGGCGCUAUGCCUGCCGGGGCAGCGGCACCUGCCAGAUGGAUGCCUUCAUGCGGCGCAAGUGCCAGUUGUGCCGACUGCGCAAGUGCAAGGAGGCUGGGAUGCGGGAGCAGUGCGUCCUCUCUGAAGAACAGAUCCGGAAGAAGAAGAUCCAGAAACAGCAGCAGCAACAGCAGCUGCCACCGGUGGAGCCAUCGGGCAGCAGCUGCCCGACCUCUGGGCCUGGGGCUUCACCUGGUGGGUCCGAGGCCGGUAGCCAGGGCUCCGGGGAAGGCGAGGGCGUCCAGUUAACUGCAGCGCAGGAACUAAUGAUCCAGCAGUUGGUGGCUGCCCAGUUGCAGUGCAACAAACGCUCCUUCUCUGAUCAGCCCAAAGUCACGCCCUGGCCCCUGGGUGCAGACCCUCAGUCCCGAGACGCCCGCCAACAGCGCUUUGCCCACUUCACGGAGCUGGCCAUCAUCUCAGUCCAGGAGAUCGUAGACUUUGCCAAGCAGGUGCCUGGCUUCCUGCAGCUGGGCCGGGAGGACCAGAUCGCACUCCUGAAGGCAUCUACCAUCGAGAUCAUGCUAUUGGAAACGGCCCGGCGCUACAACCACGAGACGGAGUGCAUCACCUUCCUGAAGGACUUCACUUACAGCAAGGACGACUUCCACCGCGCAGGCCUGCAGGUGGAGUUCAUCAACCCCAUAUUUGAGUUCUCUCGGGCUAUGCGUCGCCUGGGCCUGGACGACGCCGAGUAUGCUCUGCUCAUCGCCAUCAACAUCUUCUCUGCAGACCGGCCCAACGUGCAGGAGCCGCACCGCGUGGAGGAAUUGCAGCAGCCCUACGUGGAGGCGCUGCUGUCCUACACGCGCAUCAAGCGGCCGCAGGACCAGCUCCGCUUCCCACGCAUGCUGAUGAAGCUGGUGAGCCUGCGCACACUCAGCUCCGUCCACUCUGAGCAGGUCUUCGCCCUGCGGCUCCAGGACAAGAAGCUGCCGCCUCUGCUCUCAGAGAUCUGGGACGUCCAUGAGUAGGGGGCCGGCCGCCCUGGCCCCCACCUCGCCUGCCUGCACUUCCUCCUCCUGGGUGGAAGGACCCAGGCCAGGCCUCCACCUUCAGUAUGCAUCCCACAUGGGGUCCCAACCUUCCAAGUCUUCCAGGAGGAGUGAUGGGUCACAGGUUCCCAACCUCUGACCUUUCCCAGCUGCCCUCCCCGCCAGCUUACACCUCAAGCCCACCAUGCAGUGCACCUUGAACGGAGGGAGAGGGGCUCCUGGCACCCCCAGCCCAGGAGACAAUAGCCCCCCUCCCUCUGUUCCUUUUAUUUAAUAAAAA